AUUUUUUAAUUAUUUACUACUUCAAUAAAGGGAAGAAAGAGUGGAUAAGCUCAUCUCCUUCUUUCUCUCUACUUAAAAAAUAAAAAAUAAAAAUGGAAGCUCUUGGUCAUGGGCUCCUACCCCUUGGUGCUGUUAGGACUUGUCAAAAAGAAGGAAGGUGUCCACUUAUCGGUUCAAUCCAUUUUCUCAGCUCUCCAUUCCCAUCUACUCUAAAAUCGUUAAAGUAUAAAAAUAACACAAGGAUGCAAGCAGUGGAAGAAGAAUAUGAGUUGAAGCAAAUGAAAGAUAUGGCUGCGGCUAAGAAGAGAUGGGAUGCUCUGAUCAGGGAUGGGACAGUUAAGGUUCUUACUCCAAGGGAAGCUGGUUAUGCAAUUCAACUCUCAAACAAAAUGCUGCUUGAUGUUCGUCCCUCUAUGGAGCGAAAGAAGGCAUGGGUAAAAGGCUCCACCUGGAUUCCAAUUUUUGAUGUUGAUGCUAGUUUAGAACUUCGUACUCUUUCCUUGAAAGCAACAAACUUUUUGAUGGGAGGUUGGUGGAGUGGUGUCCCUGCUCUUUCUUACAACAAAGAAUUCUUAUCAAAUGUUGAGGAGAAAUUUGCUAAAGAUACAGAUCUUAUUGUGGCAUGCCAGAAGGGAUUGAGGUCCAUUGCGGCUUGUGAGGUGCUACACAAUGCUGGUUACAACAACAUUUUCUGGGUUCAAGGUGGUCUAGAAGCUGCUGAAGAGGAGGAUCUUGAAAGAGAAGGACCUCAACCAUUCAAGUUCGCAGGAAUUGGUGGGCUUUCAGAGUUCCUUGGAUGGACUGACCAACAGAGAGAUGCUGCUGCUAAAGAGGGUUGGGGUUACCGAUUGACUUUUUCUGCCCGGCUGGUUGGAUUAGUUCUUGGUGCUGAUGCCUUGUUUAUUGGAGCACAAAAAGUAGGACAAUAUCUUCAGAUGUUAAGGUCUCACUGAGAUCGGCUGUUGCAGCUUGAAGUUACAUGCUGUGCAGCCACAAGGAAAUGAUUUUUCCUGAAUCCAGGAUAUGUGUAAAGCGACUUCCCUAACAUCCUUCAUCUGAAGCUAGAAGUGUGAGAUGAAAAUCCAUUCUCAGGGCCCGGAUUCCUUAAAUGCCUUGUAUUUCUUGGAAACAUUUUUAAAGUGAGGUCAUAUAAUGCAGCGACCUGACUUCAAAAAAGUUGUUGAUUCUAAAUCUGUAUUACUAUAUAGCUAGAUCUGGGGAUAACAUCGAAAUAAACCACUAUCUUUCAAGUGAGUUUUCUUGCCCCCUAUUUUGCAUGAAAAUACAAUUGAUGAGUAUUUAUUUGGAUUAUUGAAUUCAAGUUUGCGUAAUUUACAAAUAUGUGUCUUGGUAUGUUCAUGAAAA